AUGUAUGAUAUUAAUCUUGAAAAUAAAAUAAUUAGUGUUGAUUUAACACGAUUCGAUCGAAAUAUUUUACGAAAUCGAAAUCAUCCAAAAGUAAAUAAACAUGAAUUUUUUUAUUUUGAAAUAUUUGUUUUAUCUAAUGAUCAACAAAUACCUUCAAGUUAUUAUCCAAUUAUUAGUUAUUAUGAUGAAGAAUAUUAUACACAAAAUUAUUUUAAUGAACAAAUUGAAAAUUAUCAAUAUGUUGAAUAUCUUACAGAACAGUAAGUUAUUUUCU